GUAAGUAAGCGUUCUACGAGCACAGAAAUGCUUACGAGGCGUUGCAUCGAGCCGGGCUACAAUUGUUCUCGGAUCAUGAAACAAUUUCUCAGGGUCAGGAUGAGUACCGCCGGACAACCGGAACCGACAGCAGCUGAACUAGACACAGUUGCAAGUAAUCUUCGAGUAGUACUAGAUCGACUCGACGUAAUUGCUGAAAAGGCGCAGAGUACCGACAAAUGGCGCAAUCGGAAACCGGUUCUAGUUGCUGUGUCGAAAUUGAAGCAUCCUCAACUUAUUAGGCGAUGCUAUGAUGAAGGCCAUCGGAAGUUCGGCGAGAACUACAUUCAAGAAUUGGCCGAGAAGGCGGUGAUACUGAAGGAUGAAUGUCCGGAAAUUGAGUGGCACUUCAUAGGUCAGAUUCAGUCGAAUAAGGUUCGUGAUCAGAGUCUUUCUGAUUUCUAUUUGAUUACUUUGAAGAUGCCAAUUGAAUUUGAGAUUGCUAAAUUGGCAUCGGUGCCAAAUCUCCACUACGUUGAAACACUAAGUAGCGAAAAGCAUUGUGCUCUUCUGAACAAAGAAAUGUCGAGACACGGUCGUUGCUUGAAUGUUUAUGUACAGGCGAACACCAGUGAUGAGCCUCAAAAAGGUGGCGCCACUCCAGAUGCGGCUGUGGAGUUGGCGAAAUUCGUGCAGUCGGAGUGUUCAUCGUUAAAAUUAGCAGGGUUUAUGACGAUUGGUUCGUAUGAACAUAGUUCAUCGGAACUGCCGAACACUGAUUUUGAUGUGCUGUUUGACAUUCGAAAGAGAUUUUGUGAACGCACCGGCUCGUCUGAAGGUGAUUUCGACUUAUCAAUGGGAAUGUCUCAUGAUUUUGAAACGGCUGUUCUUCAGGGGAGCACAUCGGUUCGGGUUGGUAGUACAAUAUUCGGACCGAGACUGAAGAAAAACUGA